GAAGGCCAAUGAGAAGCCGAGAAUAUGCAGUUGGACAGUUGGCACAGUGAAAACAAGCGCCCAUUGGAAGUUGUAAGAUACUUCGAUGACAUUGUUAUGGGUGUAAAAGACUGAAACCCCAAAGCCAAUAAUCAUAGAGAUGCGUGCAAAUCAAUAACCCCACCCAACAACCUUAAAAAAGUGGGGAAAAAAGUUGAGCUUCUGUGUUACGCAUCUUGCGGUUUCAACGUUGAUAUAAUCGGCAACAACAAAAGAUGAUUCUGAGAUUCCGAUGUUGUCGCUUUUUCACAGCAUCACCUUUUGAUACCCCUUUAAUUCACUCCUUCAAACCCAAACAACAUUGGGCAUCUUCUCUCAUUCGCACUCAAAUGGGUUCAUAUUCAACGACGUCGUCCUGUCCUAAACUGGUGUUCCGUCAGCUCUUUGAGAAAGAAUCAUCUACAUAUACUUACCUUCUUGCUGAUGCUUUGCACCCCCAAAAACCCGCUCUGCUGAUUGACCCAGUUGACAAAACAGCGGAUCGUGAUCUUGCACUUAUUAAAGAACUGGGAUUGACACUUAUAUAUGCUAUAAACACACAUGUGCAUGCUGAUCAUGUUACUGGCUCUGGCUUCAUCAAGACGAAGCUCCCUGAUGUGAAGUCAAUCAUUUCCAAAGCAAGCAAUGCAAAAGCUGAUCUCUUUGUUGAACCUGGUGAUAAAAUCCACUUCGGUGAUAUUUUUCUGGAGGUUCGUGCAACUCCUGGUCAUACACUAGGCUGUGUAACCUAUGUCACGGGAGAAGGACCCAAUCAACCUCAGCCAAGGAUGGCCUUUACUGGUGAUGCCCUUCUGAUACGUGGAUGUGGAAGGACAGACUUUCAGGGUGGAAGUUCAGACACAUUAUAUGAUUCAGUUCAUUCACAGAUUUUCACAUUGCCCAAAGACACAUUGGUAUAUCCUGCUCAUGACUACAAAGGGUUCACUGUCAGCACAGUGGGAGAGGAGAUGCAUUACAAUCCACGCCUAUCAAAAGAUAAGGAAACAUUCAAAAACAUUAUGCAAAAUUUGAAUUUAUCAUAUCCAAAAAUGAUGGACGUUGCAGUACCAGCUAACAUGGUUUGCGGAUUGCAAGAGACAAAAUCUGAAGCAUGCUAGUUUUGUUUUAUCCUUUAAUCAACGCCAUGAAUGUAAAUGGGGAAGCAGGGAAUACACGUCUAAAGUGAAAAGUUGAAUAAGAUAUAACAAUAUAGUAUCGAGAAACUAUGUUGUUUUACCUGAUAUGAAUCUUGAUUAUAUGUUAUACAGCCAUUAGCUACAUGAGUCUCAGAGUAUAUGUAUGGAACUUGAUUUGUGAGAUUACCGAUGGGAUUAAUGAAAGUAAAAUUAUCUGCUGUUGCUGUAAUAUUUGAA